AUGUGGGUUUUGCGCGGUAACGCAACUGAACGCGGAGACGACGGCGGGGGCCCCGGGCAGAGUUCUCUUUUCUUCUUAACGGUCUAUCACCCUGGAAACAAGCCCGACACUUCUGUCGGGUCCGGUGCGCUCUCGACGUCCCUUGAAAAUCCGCGGGAGGGAAUAAUUCUCACGCCAGGUCGUACUCAUAACCGCAGCAGGUCCCCAAGGAUUGGCUCUAAGGGUUGGGCACGUUGGGCUUUGGGCGGACGCCCUGGGAGCAGGUCGCCUCUAGCCGGGCAACCGGCGGGGGGCUUCCAGCAUCCGGGUGCAGAUGCCCUUAGCAGGCUUCGGCCGUCCGGCGCGCGGUUAACAACCAACUUAGAACUGGUACGGACAGGGGGAAUCUGA